CAUCAUUUCUGUUUCAUUUUUUCUGCACGAUCAGACCAUGCCAUAGUACUUUUUAGUAACUUGCUCACUGAAAUCCGGCGGACAUUGAAACAAUUGCAUACUAUCCAACCCCAUUCCAAAACUCUCUCCGUGGUGACUUUAUUACUGCACUUGUUUGUGUUUAUCUGUGCCAAAAGGAGACAGUGUCAGAAGCGACCAGUCUGUCCUACCACAUGUGAAAUUUUCCAUUUGGUGAAACUGCAUUUCUGCAGCUGUUUGGGGCCAUGGACCAAUAUGAAGAUGUAUCAGAUUGUGAAGUGGAUCACUCCUUCUUUGACAGUGAUUUUGAGGGAGAUGUUAAGAAAGACGCAACUGCAACACAAUCAGCCAAGACAGAAAACAAUGAGCACAUACAAACAGAGGGUACAAGUUUAAGUAAGCCUGUCUUAAAGAUGGAAACCAAAGUGGUGGAGGGUGUGUGUACUGAUGAGGAAAGGCAUGAGAAGGAGAAGGAACCACAGGCAGAGUGUACCUUAGACAGUGGGGCUUAUGAGAGUGCUUUGCCCUUAUCAUCGUCUCUCGAUGCAGAAAAUGCGAGUACGUCUGGUGGAACCUCAACACAAGGCAAAAUGACGCAAGAGAAAAACACUCCAACUCAAAUUCCGAAAAUAGUUAAAGAACAUGAAGAAAAUUAUUAUACGGAUGAAGAAGAUAGCAGUGAUGACAGCAGAAACCAGAAGGCUAGAUGUAAGUUGUCUAAGGCGUCUAGUAGUUCCAAGGCUGUUAAGAAAACCAUACUCAGUACUUCCUCUUCUACUUCUUCCCCUUCGUGUAACUCUGAUACGGAGUCUUCUGAUGCAAAUUCUGACAGUUGCUUGUCAGAUUUUCCCGUCACUUCAAAAAAGAGCGCACGUAGCUUUGCACUUCUUUCUCCAAGACAAAAAUCUAGACCUGGAAUGAAGUCAGUUGAAGUAAAACCAAAGUUGGGUGAGUGUGCAGAAGAUUCUGAAGAUACCGUGACUGAUGUAACUCCUCUGUCAACACCAGACAUCAGCCCUAUCCAGUCUUUUGAACUUGCAGCAUCCAAUGAUAAGAAACUGAAGGUACAAAGACAGGAAAAUGUGAGCCAGGAUUUGCGUGAGCCUGGAAAGGAUCGCAGAUGUCAUCAAAAGGUCUUGCAUGAGGCUGUGGACCUCAAUAAUCUCUUAAAAGCUUUUCUGCAGCUGGAAAAAAAGGAACAACAGAAGCUGGUCUUGGAUCAGCCUUCCAUGGCAUCAAGGAAAAACUACUCUUUCACAAAUGACGAAGUAAGGCAAAUUGAUCAGGAAAACCAAAGGCUCUUAAAAGAGUUAGCAAAACACUCUGUGAAGCCCAGAAGCAAAAGUGCCACUCUGAAGAAACCUUCGGGCCCAGCACCUAAACUGUAUCACAGUGCCAUCAACAGGCAAAAGGAACAGCAAAGGAUUGACAGAGAAAAUCUGGCUUUUUUGAAGAGGCUAGAAGCAGUAAAGCCAACGGUUGGUAUGAAGCGCUCAGAACAGCUGAUGGACUACCAGCGCCAGAUGAGUUAUCUAAAUGCUGCUCCUCCAGGCCCAAGGCGAGGAAAAUCUGCGUUAAGCCACCAUAGCCCUUCUAGAGGUUCUUCCCGUGUAUCCAGCCACAGUGCAUCCAGCACGGCAAGCCGAAGGAGCGAAAGACCAGGAGGAGGAGGAGGCUUGCAGCGACUGAACUCCACUAAAGUUCAUGCGGCGUGGCUAUAAGUUAUUUGCACUCCAUCCCCAGAUUUCUAAUUCCAGUGUUUUUUCAUAUUACUGGAAUUCUGUGCAAGAGUAUUGUGAUAGUCAUUGUUUGGUAAUUAAAAAGACAAUAUAAAGUGAUACUAUGUGCAAAUGGAUCCUAAACUGAGUUUUGAGCAGGCAAAAUCUCUGUAUUUCCUAUUAUAGAAUACAUUUAUAUGUACAUGAGGUGUGUCUGAUAAAUACUGUAAAUAUUUUUCAUAAAGUCUCCAAUGAAAUUUAGGUUUGGAAAAAUGGAGGAGCUGAGUAGUUGCAGUCCUGGCCCAGAGAUGUUUAAAAAGUAAUAUUUUCAUUUAAAAAUUACAAUAAAAUUUUUGUUUCGUCUUGAUUUCUUAUGGUGUAGCUGAUAUUUUUAAUUUAACAUUAUUCCAUUCCUGUGAAACAUUUCAACAUGAAUGAUAUAUCACAGCUGUCAAAUACAGUAUUUCACAAGCUUUUAGGGAAACAGGAGAAAGAACAUGUGAUAUUUAAAUUAUCUCUGUUAUUUAAAUGUGAACUUUGAAAUGGUGGUACAUAGCUGGAAAAUGUAGAGCAUGAACCAGCUCUUUUAAGCAAAUCUUUUGCUUAAUCUUCAGAUCUUUAUUUCGAGAACUAAGUUUGAUUUUUGAUCAUCUGUCCUUUAAUGUUUAAUUGUUGCAGUGUUCCCACUGCACUGGAUUUCACCCGUGGUCUGCUGUAAUCAUUGAACCGUCCAGUGCUCAGUAAAGAAGUGUUCCUUUUUAUGGAUUAAAUUAUCAUCUUCAACAAUACUUUAGUGUCUGAUUAAUAAAUAUUUAAGUAAUAAUGUGGGAAAGUGUGGUUUUCCUAAAGUCAAGUUCUUUGUUGAUUUGUAUUGUGACUUAUAGAAACUCUGCCGUUACAAUUUGCACAGUUACGCUGAUUGAAUUGUUCUUGGAAAAUUUCUCUUGAAUGAAAUACAUGUAAGCGGCAGUUUUGUGGGUGCACUUUUUAACUGUGAGCACUUUUUUAAAAAACUUGCUUUUCUUCGAUAAAACCUUGAUUGCAAAACUGCAUGUGCUAGAUUUAAACAGCCUUAUCUUCAAGUGUUGCUGGAUUGUUUAUGGGUAACAUGAAUUUUGUAUGCAAUUUCUUUUUAAAAUUUUAGUAAAUGUGUAAUUGAAUUAUACCUGUACUCAGCAUUGAGCUCCGUUUCUGUGAGUAAUUUAUCCAAGUAUCAUAAACAAAAUGAGAUAUAACAUUUGCAGGAUCAUAUUUAAUUAAGUUUGUAAUGCAGUUGAAUCUUUUCUGCUUCUAAUUAAAUCAUUUUUCUAUGGGCUA